AAAAAAAUGGACAAUUAUUGGGUUUCAUCACAAUACAAAUGGAUACAAACACAAUUAUCUAAAAAACAACAGCAGCAAGCUUCUUCGAAUCAACCACAAACAUCCCUUCAGCAGCUUGAUACAUCCGAUCCCGAUGCACAAUUUUCUCCCUUGGAAAAACAAUUAAUUUUGAUGAGUACUAUUAAAAAUUUAAAAGAUAUUGGAAAGAAAGUGGGUGGCCAUCUGAGAGUAGUUUCAACAGCAAUGGUGUAUUUUAAACGAUUUUAUUGUCAGAAUAGUAUUUCCGAUUGUGAUCCUGCCUUGCUGGGAGCUGCAGCAUUGUUGUUGGCAAGUAAAAUCGAAGAAUGUCCACUCAAUGCUAAGAAUAUACAUCAAAUAUGUUUGGGGAAGGAAACACCAUCAUCACAAAAUUAUGAUACAAAGGAUGUUACCACACUUUUUCCUUACCCACUACAACAAAUUUUGGAAUGUGAAUUAUAUUUAAUGGAACAAUUGAAUUUUAAUUUAACAGUUUUUCACUCUCAUACUUCCCUCAUGACCUAUGUAAAGGAUGCAGAACUUGAUAAAUCUCUGUAUCAGAUUUGUUGGAAUAUUGUGAAUGAUAGCUUCUAUUCGGAGGUGGUUCUAAAAUAUCCACCCUAUCUGGUGUCCCUGACAUCCAUUUACAUGACUUCAAUAUUAAAGAACGAUGAAGAAAAUAAUAUCAACAAGGAAAAGGCCAGAAAGUGGUUCGAUCAAUUAUAUGUAGACAUGAAAGUUAUUGGUGAUAUAACGGAGGAAAUACUAAACAUGUACUCUAUUUUAAGACGAAUUAAUGAUACACAAACAGAAAUUGGAAGAACAUGUAGUGGUGCAUUAGAAAAAUUACAAAAGAUGAGAAAUACUUUCUUUUGGGGAAGUCAUAAUUGA